GAAUGUAGUUAUUGAUCUUAAUGUUAUUUUUACUAGUGUUAAUCCUGAAAGCUGAAUUAGAUUAUCCAUAUAGUUGUGACUGUUAAGAACAUGACAAUAAAGAUAGUUGUGAAUAACAUAAAUGUUUAUGGGAUGAAAACUAAAUUGGACAAAAGAAAUGCAGAGUUAAAAGUUGUUCUGAAAGAGGAAAUUAAGUAGAAUAAAUCCUAUUAAAUUUUUUUAGGUAGCUGAAUGUGUUGCUCCAAGUUAGUUCUAUUCAACAAAUAGAACAUCUUGUUAUCCUUAGGGAAUAUAGACUGAAAUAUGUGAACCUAUCUCAUCAUGUGAAUAAUUAGACGUAUCAAAAAUAAGUCCAUCUUAUGCCAGACGUGUUUGUAAGGUUAAUUUUUGUGGAUAUAAUAAAACAUCAAAAGGAUGUAGAUCAGUUUCUACUUGUAGUGAUAUUACAACAGAAGAGGAAUGUAAUAAUUUAUUCAUUAAUGAACUUCCUUCAUUAUUUUAACCAGUUGCUUAUUGUUAUUGGGCUGGAGAUGUUUGUAUGACAUCUACAAGGUUUUAUGGAGAAUGUGAAAAUAAGAAUAUAAAAAAUAAAAACUUAUGUAAAACACAUGGAUGUUAAUGGAAGGAUAAUAAUUGCAUAAAUUUAAAUUGUACUACAAUAACAACAGAUAAUUGUAAUAAGGAGCAUAUUGAUUCAUUUGGUAAUGUCCAUAUUUGUUCAUUAAAGAAUUCUUAAUGUAAUGUAACAAAAUCAGCAGAGAUUAGAAAAGAAGAUUGUGAUAAGAUGACUGCUCAUACUUUUGAUGAAGCUGGUUAAAUUUGUAAGCCUUGUAAGUCACUAUCAAAAUACUUAGAGAAAAUAGCUAAGAAAUAGAUUGUUAUUGAAACUUACAAUUUUAUUCUAAUGUUUCCAAUUAUUAUGAUAUUAAUAAUAUGA